GCCGAGUCUAGCGCCAACUCCCCGAGCAGGGCUCCAGCCUGAUUGGAGAGAACACCCGGGGGACGCCCCUUCAGAAAGAUCCUGAUUGGCCGGAUUGUAAAAAUAUGUUUCAGGGCGCCAGAAUAGAAGCUUUAGCGCCUAGUGGAAUCUCCAGGCAGUAGAGAGGCAGUCAGUGUUGGCACGUAGCUGGUGGUGGGCUCCGGGGGCGACAGCAUCAGCUUGAAUGCGGGGUUCCUCUUUCCCCUCCAACGAUCCCCAAUGCACCUCAGACGCGGCAGUGGCUUUGGAAGCGCCGAAGCGAAGGCAUCCCUUUGAGAAGACAGGGAAGAAAGUCGCAGGAAAAAUAGAAAUGAAUUGUUUAACUCUGAAAGACUUGGUUAGUCCAAGACACACGAAGAUGAAUUUUACAGAUGAAGAUGGGGGAAAUGCACAAAAGGAAAACAUAUUUGAUCGACCUAAAAUGACUCCAAAGACUCCUAUGAAAAAUGAACCCAUUGAUUUAUCAAAACAAAAAAACUGCACCCCUGAGAGAAAUCCAAUUACACCUGUUAAACUGAGUGAUAAGCCCCUGACAGAUCCGUGGACGCCCACAGCUAACCUGAAGAUGCUUAUUAGUGCUGCCAGCCCUGACAUGCGGGAUAGGGAAAAGAAGAAAGAGCUUUUCAGGCCUAUUGAGAAUAGUGAAUUUGGUGGUGCUUUUCCUGAUUCCUUGCAGUGUGAUGCUGUAGAUGAUGGAAUAGCAGAUGACUAUGAAAAGCAGAGACCCAGCAGAAAGCAGAAAAGCUUAGGGCUGCUGUGCCAAAAGUUUUUAGCUCGUUAUCCCAGUUACCCACUAUCAGCAGAAAAAACAACAAUUUCUUUGGAUGAAGUGGCUUCUAGUCUUGGAGUUGAACGGAGGCGAAUUUAUGACAUAGUGAAUGUCCUGGAGUCCCUUCAUCUUGUUAGCCGAGUGGCUAAGAACCAGUACUGUUGGCAUGGUCGGCAAAGCCUGAGUCAGACUCUGAAAAACCUCCAAGAAAUAGGAGAACUGCAAAAAUAUGAAGAACUGAUGACUUAUUUCCAGCAUAAAGAAAUAGACCUUGAGUGUAGAUUUGGAGAACACAAAAGAGAGACCUUUAUAGAUUUCCAAGACAGACAGUUGCUUGACUUCUCAGAGACAGAUUGUCCGUCUGCAUCUGCAAACAGCAGAAAGGACAAGUCGCUGAGGAUUAUGAGCCAAAAAUUUGUCAUGCUGUUCCUUGUCUCCAAGACCAAGAUAGUCACUCUCGACGUAGCAGCAAAAAUAUUGAUAGAAGAAAGCCAGGAUACUGCAGAUCACAGCAAGUUUAAAACAAAGGUACGAAGGCUGUAUGAUAUUGCCAAUGUCCUAACAAGCCUGGGGCUCAUAAAGAAAGUUCAUGUAACAGAAGAAAGAGGUCGUAAACCAGCCUUCAAAUGGAUUGGGCCUGUGGAAUUCAGUGGUGAUUGUGGUGAUCUAAAGGUGGACAAUUUAACCUGUGCCUCUUUGAAUGAAUUGAAAAGGGGGAUCUGCGUUCCGCACCUAGCUUGUUUUAAUGGGAAAGAGCGUCUCUCAAGGCAUGCUUCUUUUAACAACACUCAGACUUCCAAAGUGGUCAAGAGGAAGGUCAGCUCUGAACCCAGCAGUCCUCACAGGGGGAGGCAAGAUUGCUGCUCAAAAAUGAUAAAUCUGACAUCAGUUUGCUGCCAGAAGAUGGAUGAUAAAAGUAAAGCUUUUGGCACUGAAAGAACCAAAACCCUAGGCAUAAUUUCUCCCUUCCCCGUUCUUCCUGUUCCUGGAGAUUCAGGCUAUUGCCUUAAAACCUUGCCUCACCUAUCAACAAAUGCCUGCACAGAUCAGCCACAUCUCUCUCUACCAAAUGAAAUGAAUGAUCAAGCUCCACCACUGUCUGGUCCAUCAGCUUCCAGAACUGAGAUCGGGAAAGCCACUGUGCUUCCCAAUCAAUCUCUUGUUUACUUGCAAUCUCCAUCUCUAUAUAUGCUGUGUGGGAAUCUUCAUGAAAGUCUUACAUCUAUGGAGGAUAAGGGAAUUAUGGGCUUUCAGACUUCACUUCAGCUGCCAGAAACUACUGAAUCUCCACUUGACUGUCGUAAGCGCAGUUCCCAAAAGUGUGCUUCCCCUGCUGCAGCUGAAGAGGAACCUACUGCUAAAAGGCAAAGCAUGGAGCAAAAUGACAGGCCCAUUUCAUUGGUGCUAUCUAAGAAGACUACUAAACCAAUGGAUCCAGAAGCUUCCCCAGAUCAUAACUGCAAUUCCAUUGACCAGUUAAGAACUUUGCAGGUUGAAUCAGAAACUCCUUUUGUUGUGGAAACUUCUAUAAAGGAGACGGCAAAAUCCUUAGAAACUCAAGAGCAAGAAAAGCCAUAUAGGAGUAAAGUUCUCAAAGAAAACAUGAAUGAAAAUGAACAGGUGUCUCAAGAAAAUGGCAAACAAUCUGUCUUACCGCAGUAUCUUUACGUCCAACCUACAUCAGGAUUGAACAGUUUUAAUUUCCUGUUUCCUGCCAACCAGUCUCCUGAUCCAGUCAGCCUCCCUCCAAGCCGUUUGCCUUCGCUUAGUGUUCCCUGCGUGGUGGUCCCAUCUCCUGCAUUGGCGUCUUUCCCUCUUAUCUGUUCUCCAGCAGUCACAAGUCAGCUUUCUUCUUCUUCUGCUGGCUCUUUCCCAAACAUCACCUGUAUGAAUUUCAGCAUGCCUGGCCUGACAUCUACUGCACCGGUAUUCAUUGGGACCCCAGCAGUUAUUACUCCGAAUUCACCACAGCUAUCAACUCUGGACCCAUGCCAGCAGGUUAAUUCAUCUAUGCACCUGAACCCCAUGCUAGGAUCUGCUUGCAGCUCUGUUAAAGCAGACUCAUCAGCUUGCAUGGGCCACCAUCUCACCCUUCUCAAAUUGCAGCAGCCUUCUUCAGCGCCCCUGACACCUAAAAGCAUUCGUCCUGUACACCAAGAAACAUUUUUCAAGACCCCUGGCAGCCUUGAAGAUCCUGUUGCGUGGCGGAAAAAUGAAGGCAAUCAGAGCAAAACUGCUAGUUCUGUUCAAAGAAGACUAGAAAUCUCUAGCAUCAGCUCUGACUAAUCCAGCUCUUUGCAAGAGGUGUGGGCAACUUAGAAUAUAGCCUCAUAUGCUACAGACAUAGUCAGUUAUUACAUUAAAGUGUAAUAAAGGAUACAUAAAACUGUCAUUCCCUUUGUACCAUUGCUCACUAAGCAUUUACAUACAGUUUUGUUAACUUUCUUACUUAUAAAUAACUCAGACUAAACUAAUAUAAAUACCAGUUGGGAAUCAAAUUAUGUGCAUGCUGAUCUAAAGAAGUCUCAGUCUGUAUAUUUGGCAUUUAGAAAAGAAAUUUUACUUGAGAGAAGAAAUCUUAACAGGUUUACCAUGUCUGUUUAAAAAGCCCCCCCUCCCCAAAAAAGGGAGCUGGCCAGCACUUAUGGAGGGGUAACACUCUUUACAAAUACUUUAUAUGUCCAGAAUGAGGGAGGGAGGGCCUCUAAACAAAGUGAUGUAGUAGCUGCUUCUUUACUAGAGAAGCACAAUUUAGCAAAAAGUAUUUGAAAUUGCAAAGCUUUUGCAGAGUACUUGAAUGUGAUCAACUGAUAUACUAUUUUUGCUGCACUUGUUAAUCAAAAGUCUAAUAACUUACAGAAUGAAUGUAUUCAUGUGACAAACUUUUCAGACCAAAAUAACUGUGAAUUUGAAACUUCAAUAGGAUGUGUUUUAAUGAA